AUGGGGCCGCGCAUCAUUCUGCGUCGUAGCUUGGAGUCCAUUGGAUCUCUGCUGCGCAGAUCGGACUGUGUUGCCACCGAAGCCGCGAACACCUGCGAGAAGCCUGUUGGAGGUUCCGGCUCAACCCUCGCCAUUGUGUUGGGUAUUGUAAUUCCGGUUUGUGUGGCCAUCAUCGUCUUGAUCAUCCUGCACCGCAGGAAUAUGCGCCGAGACAAGCUGGAGGAGCUCAACGACCCGACCAAGCACCUUGAUUUUGGCAUGGGAGAUGCCCCUGCCAAGAAGCGAAAGAGUCUGCUGGGACUUGGAGGAGAAAAAGCUAUGCACAAGGGUGGCCUUUCCAUGGACAUGAACCUCACAUCGCCGUACCUGCUUCCCCCGGGCAACCAUGGAUCUCGCGAAUCUAUUCACUCGUAUGCUCGAACCCUCCAAACCGAAGAAGACCCUUAUAGAACCGUCAACCAAUAUGCAGCUAGUGAUGUUGGUUCUGUGCGAUCUUUCAACCCAAACGACAACUCUGGAACACGCCCUCCCAAGUCUAGUGCCCUAUCGAAGCCUCCCAUGCACCCGUCGACGCCACGAUCCCCCUCCCCGGAUGAGAAGGUCGACCCCUUUGCUACUCCUACGGCCCCCAAGCCUACGCACCAGCCUCCCAGUUCCGCCGAGGUUCAUGAUGUCAGGCUCCCCGUCCAGCCAAUUGUCCCGGAAAUCGAAACGGUCCCUCCUGUCGACGUCUUUAACGCGGAUGAAUUCGAAGUGCCUGAUCUCCCGACUCCUGCUCCGGCUGCCUUGAAGCUUGGCCAAGAUGGCUCUCGGAGCCAUCCCAACUCGGCUCGUUCAUCUGCUUACACUGAUAAUGGCAUGGCCUCCCCUGCCCACCCCGCUGAUCGAAACGUUCCUCAGAUUCUCUCUCCCGGACUGCCCCAUGAAGAUUCUCAACCGCAGGAAGAAAGCCGUGGCCGACCUCUGUCAAGGCCGCCUCCCCCUCACCAGGCUGGUGGUCUUGGCGUUCCUCAAAACUCUAGCAAGCGACUCUCUGUUGGAUUCCGGCCACUUCCUCCUAAUGAAAUGAUGGAGUCUGACGACCCCGAAAUUCGCGCCAACCGCAUCCGAUCCUUUUACAAGGAGUACUUUGAUGAUUCUAAUGAAGCACCCCCUCCUCUGCCCACUCAACCGCAACAGCACCAACAGCAGCAGCAGCAACAACAGCAGAAGCCCAACCAGCAAAAACAAGGUGGCACUGACUACUAUGAAGACUACGACCAGGGCUACAUGGAGGCCGCUGCUUACUAUGAUGCCGACACCAACGCCUUCGUCAUGCCGUAUGCCCAGCCCGUUACCCGUCGCGCCAUGACACCACCCCCAAGCGGACGCCAAGGUGGACCGAUGGGCGGCCCUCGUGGUCCCGGCCCGCGCGGUCCCGGCUUCCGUGGACCUAAUGGCAACGGAGGAACCUUCUCUCCUGGUCCCGGACGGCCUCGUGCUGAUUCCGCCUUUGGGCGACCUCGCGCCGGCUCGGCCUUUGGACCCAGGCCCGAUUCUUCCGCCUCCGGCGCAUGGGCCCGCCAACAGCAGCCCAAGAAGAACCUCCCCCCUCCGACGCCCCUGAACACACUCCCGACGCCCUCCAAGCUUGGUGAUGAUUCCUUUGCCAUUUUCAACGCUGCGGAUUUUGCCCCCCCGACCAGCAUCCGUGACAACGUGGCUGGCCGAAGCCAGAGCCCCUUUGGCGAGAGAAAAGCUUUCCUCCAGCCACCGACGGCCGGGUCACAGCUGGCUGGUGCCUUUGACGAACUAGCUGCCCUCCCAAGCCCGCACUUGCUCCGAAAGUCAGGCACCUUUACGGCCCUGGAUUUCGCCCCUCCCAAGAAGUUCAGAGAUCCCGAAAACGCCAGUGACGCAGGCAGCAUCAGAAGUAACAAGAGCGGCAUGUCUCAGGCCCAACUCCAGGCUAUUCGAAGCGGAGCAGGCCGAGUCAGCCGCCUGCCCGGCGACACGGUUUUCACAGCAGCUGCCAUGGACGACCAGCUGAAGCCUUCAUGGUCGGUGCGACCUUAA